AUGAUAGAAAUAGAUGAUGAUUAUAUUUUAUUAAAGCAAAUUGGCGAGGGAAGUUUCGGAAAAGUUUUUAAAUAUAGAAAAAAGUUUACAGGCCAAAUUGUAGCAUGCAAAGUAAUUUCUAAAAAAGGAAAAAAUGAAGAGGAUAUUUUGUCAUUAAGACAAGAAAUCGAUAUUUUGAAGAACCUUAAACAUCCAAAUAUAAUUCAGUUUAUAAGCUCAUUUGAAAAUAAGAGUGAAUUCACAUUGAUAACUGAAUAUGUAGAAAGUGAUUUAUCACACAUUUUAUUAGAUGAAAAGAGGUUACCGAUUGAAGCAGUACAAAGUAUAUGCUUUCAAAUGGUGAAAGCUUUAAAUUAUCUUCAUCACAAAAAAGUCAUACAUAGGGAUAUUAAACCACAAAAUAUUUUAAUAACUGCAAAUGGGCAAGUUAAAAUUUGUGAUUUUGGUUUUGCAAAAACAUUGUCAUCAAAUUCAACUAUGCUGUCAUCUUUAAAAGGAACUCCUUUAUAUUUAGCUCCAGAAAUUAUACAAGAGCAACCCUAUGAUUAUAAAGCAGAUUUAUGGUCACUUGGUGUUAUCUUAUACCAAAUUUUAGUUGGGGAGCCACCAUUUUUAGCAAAUAGUUUAUGUGAAUUAGUACAAAUGACCUUAGAGACAACUAUUGACGUACCAUUGGAGUUUCAUAAAUAUCCAGAGUUAAUGUCACUCUUCAAAAUCCUUUUGUGUAAAAACCCAGACAAGAGAGUUGGAUGGCCCGAGCUUUCUCUUCACCCUUUUGUCAAAUCAUUUAAUGAAAAUAAUAUUGGUAAUGCAUUUAAACAAAUUAGUAUUGGUAGUAAUAGUCAAAAUAGUAGUAUGGAUUUUUCGUCUGGCUUAAAUGUACCAUUAUCUUUUUCCAUUAGUAACGAUGGUAUAGUUUAUAAUUAUAAUAAUAAUAAUAAUAAUGUUAAUAAUGGUAAUAAUAAUAAUAACAAUAUGAAUAAUAACAAUAGCAACAAUAUGAAUAAUAACAGUAAUAUUAUGAAUAAUAAUAUGAGCAAUAUGAAUAGUAAUAAUAAUAAUAAUAAUAAUAAUAAUAAUAAUGUGAAUUAUAAUAACUAUACAAAUAAUAAUAACAAUAAUAAUGGUAUGAAUAAUAACUCUGUUGUUGGUAAUGGUUUAAUGAUGAAUAAUAGCAAUGGCAAUAUUAAUUUACACCAGCAGCAACAACAACAACAACAAUACCAAUUAUUUUUGCAACAACAACAACUCCAACAACAAUUACAAAAUCGUAUAUCACCACCUCAAACUCCAAUAAUACCAUUACAAAUGCAAAAACAACAACAAUAUCAACCACCGCAACCAUCAACACCACAAAAUUUUAAUCCAACUUCACCAAAUGUAUCACCAAAACCAAAUUCCCAACCUCCACCAUCACCCAAGGUUCCACCAUCACCUCGGGUUAUUCCCCCCCAAUCACCCCGAGUAACCUCACCAAGAAUGAACCAGUCCCCAAAGAAUUCUCCAAGGGCAAUAUCUCAACAACCACCAAGUCCGGGCCCCUCUCCAAGAAAAUACUCAAUUAAAAUUCAAAAUAUUGGUUCAUUAAAUUCAACAAAGUCUUUCCCUAUGAUAUCUAGUAAUCUAAACAAUUUAAAUGACAUAAUUGUAAAAUCAAUAGAAAAUCAAAACAACACUAAUAAUAAUAUUAAUAAUAAUAGCAGUAAUAAUAUAAACAAUAGUAAUAAUAAUAUAAAUAAUAUAAAUAAUAUUAAUACACCGAACUCAAAUAAUAAUAUUGGCAUGAAUAAUCUAAAUAACAACAAUGGUGAAAAUAAUAUUUUUAAUAAUAAUAAUAUAAGUAAUAAUAAUAUUAGUAAUAAUAAUAUUAGUAACAAUAAUAUCAGUAAUAUGAGUAACAAUAAUAGCAAUGAUGGUAAUAAUAUGAUUAAUAAUAGUAAUAAUAGACCCACAUCCAGUGAUGGCAUUAAUUUUAUUAAUAAUAAUUAUAGACCUUCAUCGAGUGAAGGUAUAGGUUACAGCAAUAGUAACAACAAUGGUAACAAUUAUAUUAGACCAAUAUCGGGCGAUGGUAAUAUAUUGGCCUAUAGUGGUAAUAUUAAUAGGCCACUAUCAAGUGACAGUAAUACUUCAGGUUAUUUUUCAGAAGACCCAAGCAAAAAUAAUGUUCAGAGACAAUUACAACAACAACAACAACAAAUCCGGGAACAACAACACCAAAUUCAACAGUUACAACAUCAACAACAAAUUCAAAUUCAACAACAACAACAAAUCCAACAACAACAACAAAUCCAAUUACAACUACUACAACAACAACAACAACUAUCAAUUAUUCAACAACAAAAUGUAGCCCAAACCAAUAAUGUCGUUGUUGCCACAUUAAAUAAUAAAAAACCACCAACACCUUUAACUAGACCACAAACUCCAACAUCAUUUAGACCACAAACUCCACAAUAUAGAUCAUGUACACCUAAAACACCUCAACCAAUAAAUACACCAAGUAGAGGAAAUUUACAAUCAAAUAGUUUUAUUCCACCAUGGUCAAAUUUAUAUAAUCAAAUGCUAACAAAUAAUAGUAAUAAUAAUGAGCCAAGUCAUAGUAAUGGUUAUUAUGGUAAUAUUGGCUCAACAAGUAAUAGUGGUGUUGGUAGUAAUAUUGGUGGUAGCGGUAAUAGUUUCUCAAUAAUAAAUAACAAUGAAAGAUUAUUAGAAGAGAUAAGCGAAUAUAGUGAAUCGUUGGAAACAUUCGAAUUUUGGAUAUAUCACGAGUCUAUUUCAGGUAAAUCUGAAGAAACUGCAUCAAAGCUUCGUUGUGAUAAAAUGUUUUUACUUAAAAUUUUUGGCCAUCUAACUGCAGCUUCAACAAAUUUAAUUGAUAAACUACCAAUUGGUUUAAUAUUAAAAACAUUUUCAAAUUUAAUGCUCUAUGGUACUUCAAAUGUCGUUUUCCAAUCAUCUAACCAUAAUGGAUUGUUUUCAAAUAUUGGUAAUAAGUCACCACCUCAAACACCACCCCUAUACCCAUCUUCAAACAUUAAUAAUAUCAAUGGAAAUAUUAACAACUCGUCAGAGAUAUACAAGUUUUCAAAUUUCCAUCUUUUGGUUAAUAUAUUAUCAAACAUUUUAGCAUCAACCAUUGUUAACAUUCAUACUGUAAAUAUUAAUAACCUUAGUAGUGGUAACUUGAAUAAUCUUUUAUUAAAUAAUCCAUAUACAAAUUUAUUGGACUGUUUAAACACAAUUACCAUCUUUUUGGACACAGUACCAUCACUUUUAUCACUAUUUAACCCAAACCCACCAUCAUCCCCUUGUCCAACAUCACCAAAUACAAAUAACCCUCCUGGCUCUAGCGGUAGUAAAAGAGGCGGUACACCAAACCAAAUGAAUAAUCAAAUUAACAAUCAAAUUACUUUUUUCCUAUCAAUUUUAAACCAUCUAACUAAAAAUAUUUAUGUUUACAACCAAGGUAUUCAGAUUGCCGUCAUCAAAACAAUUACAAGUUUCUUUUCUAAAAUGGGUGAUAAUCCAUUGCAAUUUGGUGAAACUUACAAAAAAAUUAUUGAACAAUCAGAAAUUCUUCAAAAUAUUUGCUCUUAUCUUUUAUUACUAUUAAAUCAAUCAGCAAACAACAACAAAACCUCACCCACUUCAAAUAACUCCCAUAAUAUCGAAAAAGAAAUUGAAGUUAUCAUUAAAUGUUUCCAUAAAAUUCUCUAUACAUCACCCACCAAUGUUUUUGAAUUCCCAGCAGAAGCAAAGAGAUUCCAUCAAAUUCCAAAUAGUUCCCAACCAUAUCUUUCAAAUUAUUAUCAGGCUUGUUUAACUAUUGGUGAUUCAUUAUCGAAUGACACUGUAAUGAACUUUUUCCUUUGUUCAUUAUACUACUAUCCUCAUCUUCGUACUUCUAUUCUUCAAAUUCUUUUACAUUGCUCAAGAGGCUCAAAAUCGUUUGUAGAUUCAAUUCACAGGGAAGAAAAGAUUUUAGUCUCUCAAGAUGAUACACCAGUUGUCUUAAACUUACCAAACUAUAUUAAACCAAGAUCUCUCUUUGAUUAUUUAUCAGUGAAAGUGUUAUCAAACGACGAGGAAAAUGAAGAGGAACAAGAUGAAGAAAGUAAAGAGUCAAGGGAGUCAAACUAUCCAAUAGAAGAUCUUAAUGUAUCUCCUGAACAAAAAUCUAUUAUUUUCUUAAUUUUAGGCUCUGUUUUAAUUCAUGCUAGGGAAGCCAUUGAUUGGAUGAUCCAUUACGACUUGGUUGAUUUAUCAAAGAGAUAUUUCCAAAAUACUGAUAUUAGAAUUUCAUCAUCAGCAAGUUACUUUUUAAGUGGAUUUUUAACUGUUUCAAUUAAUUUCGAAAGAGAACUUAUUAGUAGCGAAGAAAAUAUUAACAAAAAUAAAAAUAAUAGCAAUAGUAAUGAUAAUAAUGACGAAGAAGAUAACAGUAAAAACGAAAAGUUUUAUAUUACAAUCAUUAUUGAUAAUGUUAUCGAACAACUACCAAUUAAAAGUAUAAGAAAACUAUUUAGCUCAAGAUGUAUAGAAGGUAAAACAAUGAGAGAGUUAGAAGGUGGUUGCUUUGGUAGACCAAAUAUUGGAUUACUCGAUGGCUCAGCAUGCUUAUUGCUAAGAAUGUUAAAAAGAGGUGGCCAAGAAUUUUUAGACGAUAUGCUAGAAAGUGGUAUUUGGGAAUCUUUGUGUCAUCAAAUUAUUUCAACAACUAGUGACCCAGAGCUCAGCCCAUAUGGUGUUAUUCAUACACUAAGAAUUGUUUAUGAGGUCCUAUCAAGUGAUCCAAACCAUAUUCCAUACCUAGUAAAGAAUAGUCUUUUAAAUUCAUUAUGCAGUCUUUUGGAGUCAUCUCAUUUAGAAAGACUCAAGGAUUGGCCAUCGGUCCAGAUGGGUGGAGGUAAUGGUGUUGGUGCUCUUGCCACUCAAGUUAUAUGCGUACUUUAUUUACCUCUCUCCACCAAUGCCAAAGAAAUUAUUGAUCGUUCAAUGCAGGAGCUAAUUCAACAUAUUAUGGUUUCACAAGAAUUGGUUCGUAAUAUUGUUCACAUGUUUCCAAACUUACCAAGUGACCAGAUUGAUCUCCCAUUGGGAUUGUUAGCAAAUAUCAUUUUAGAAGAUCCACAAUUUAGUUCACAGUUUGUAGAGUUUGGUGGAUUGGAACCAAAUGUUAUUCAUUUACUAUUAAAUCAAGAUAAAAACCCAGAUAAAACUUCCGCAAAUCAAUGUACAGUAGAUUCUUUAAUUAUCCUUUCACAAUUGGCAAGAGUUUCACCAGAAAACUAUAAAGCAAUACAUAAAUCUGAAAUUUAUCAUCACUUAAAGAAACUACUUAUUCAUCCAGACCCAUCUGUAAGAGCUAAAACAUGCAAUCUACUUGGUAAUAUGUUCAAAUACAAUAGCUAUUUCUAUCCACAUAUAAGGAAAAGUACAAUUCUUCCUAUUUUAAUUGGUAGAUGUGUGGAUGUCGAUAUAAACACCAGAAAAUUUGCAUGUUUUGCUCUUGGUAAUGCUGCAUUCCAUUCAAGCGAACUCUAUGACGAAUUAGAAGAAUCCAUCCCAAUUUUAAAUAGAAUUCUAAAUGAUGAAUAUCCAUUUGUUUCUAGUCUAAUGGGUAACAACAAUAUGAUAAUGACAGUAGAGAACUAUCAAGAGCAAAUAUUACAAUCCCCAGAUGAUGACGAAAAAACAAGAUCAAACGUAAUUGGUGCUUUAGGCAAUUUAGUAAGAAACUCAGGACAACUUUGUCAAAAAAUGAUAGAAGUAGAUGUUUUAAAAUCUUUGGUAGGAUGUCUAGUUAGAUUUGGUACCAAUCUAAGUCUCUUAAAGAGUAUUCUCUUUACAAUAGGUAACUUUUGUAUUUAUAACCAAUGUAAAGCCAUUUUAGCAGAAUUAGGUCUAGAUUCACUUUUAGAUCAAUUAUUAUUGUUAUUAGACCAAAUGAAAAAUCAUCACCAACAACAAAUUAACAUUAACCAACAUUCAGAAGUUUUAAAAAAUAUUAACAGAAUUAAAAAAAUGUUAUAUCCCCAAAACUUUAAAUAAAUCUUUUAUCCAAAACUAUAAUUUUUUUAAUAAU